AUGGCCAUGAAAGCGCUUCAAAUCACCCGCGGCGGGUCACUCUCAAUCAGCACACUGCCCAUACCAACGCCCAAAGCAGGCCAGGCACUGAUCAAAGUCUCGUACGCAUGCAUUCAUCCAUCAGAUCGUCUCAACGCGCAAGGACUGUUUCCAUCAACCACGCUCCCACGAGUUCCCGGUCGUGACUUCUCAGGAGUAGUGAUCGAAACCAACCCGACCUCCAACUGGAUCGGGAAAGAGGUAUACGGCACCAGUGGCUCGAGUCUGGGAUUCACAAGUGAUGGAACGCAUGCGCAGUAUAUCUGCGUACCGCAGGAUGCCUUGGUCAAGAAGCCAUUCGCGCUGUCGAUGCUCCAAGCCGCGACGGUUGGUGUUCCGUUCACGACUGCCCUGAUCUGUCUGCGCAAGGCAGCUGUUUCCUCGUCUGAUAAUGUGCUUGUUGUUGGCUCUACCGGUGCUGUUGGCUCCACGGCUGUGCAGAUUGUACGGGUUAUGGGGUGUAAGGUCGUAUUGACGGCUGCGCGGCGGAAGGAAGCGAAGCCUGAUAUAGUUGUCUCAGGCGCGAAUCCGGCUGACAUCGGUUCGACGAUUGAGAAGAUGACUGAUGGGCGAGGUGUGGAUGUGGUUGUUGACACGGUUGGUGAUCUUGCGGUGAUGGGCGCUGCAGUUGAGAAAUUGGCCCGGAAGGGACGCUAUGUGUGGAUUGCGGCACCAAGGGGUGAAGCAAGCAAACGAUUGUCCUUUGAUAUCUUCCAGGCUUAUCGCAAGGAGCUCACAUUGGCUGGGUGCAAUUCUGUCAGUCCGACGAUUGAAGAUACAGCAGAGCUUUUGCGCUUCCUUGAAGAUUGGGUGGAAAAGGGAUUUGUGCGUGCUCAAGAUGAAGCUUCGUUCAAGAUUGUGACUUUGGACAAUAUCAUUCAAGACGGAUAUGAAAGACCAGGAGAAAAGGUGGUUGUGAAGAUGGGUUGA